UUCACUCUUCUACUUCCUCAAAGUGUAAACAUUGGCAAUCGCAGGGCAGUGUUAAACUACAGAAGAAGUCAUGGACGAUAGACUAUGUGUUAGAUGAUCUGUCUAACACAAUGUAACGUUUGGACCUUUGUACGGAGCUUCAAAGCGACUGUGAGUGGAAAACAGCUGGGUCGACGAGGCUCAAAGGGUUGUAUGCUGUGUGGGAAUGGGUUCCAUCCCUUGCUGGUCAAAAUGGAGAAUAAAGGGAGUGACGAGGUGGAAAAAUUGAAGACAAAGUUCUUGUCAGUGUGGCACAAUGUGAAGUACAGUUGGGCUCUGAAAUCAAAGACCUCAUUCAGUAGAAAUUCCCCAGUGCUUCUUCUGGGAAAAUGUUACCAUUUUAAGGCUGAAGAUGAUGACAGUCUCACAGAGGCCUGCUAUGAAGCUUCUGAUGAGGACUUCGUCAUGGGGAAUGUUGAGGCUUUCCGGAAGGAUUUUGCAUCUCGAGUGUGGCUGACCUACAGGGAGGAGUUUCCUCCUUUGCCUGGCUCCACCCUGACCUCUGACUGUGGCUGGGGAUGCAUGCUGAGGGCUGGACAGAUGAUGCUGGCUCAGGCUCUCACUCUGCAUUUCUUGGGCAGAGAUUGGACCUGGUCGGAGGCACUAACACUCCAGCCAUUAGACACAGAGACAUGGACAACCACUGCAGCCAAACGUCUGGUUGCCUCUCUGGAGGCUUCUCUGCAAGGUUCCCACAGGUCCUCUGAUCCUGGAUUACCACCCAUGCCUCAAGCCCAGGCCCAGGGAUCUGCAGAGGAGGCAGAUGCACAUUUGAAAGAAAUGUACCACCGUACACUGGUGUCCUGGUUUGGGGACAGCCCCUCGGCUCAAUUGGGCCUCCAUAGGCUGAUCCGCUUAGGCCUGACAAUGGGGAAACAGGCAGGGGACUGGUAUGGACCUGCUGUAGUAGCACACAUUCUCAAAAAAGCUGUCGAGGAGGCGAUGGACCCUGGCUUGGCGGGUAUAACUGCCUAUGUCUCCCAGGACUGCACAGUGUAUAGUGCGGAUGUCGUUGAUAGCCACAGGGCACCGACAGCAGGGCAGGCCUUUGCUGAGAGAUCAGAUGCCCCUCCUUCGCCACAGAACAACCAACCAGCGUCUGCGUCCGCUCUGCCAGACAGCCGAGCCGUCAUCAUCCUCAUCCCUGUGAGGCUGGGGGGAGAGAGGACAAACCCGGAGUAUUUUGACUUUGCAAAGAGCAUACUGAGUCUGGAUUACUGCAUAGGCAUCAUCGGAGGGAAGCCCAAACAGGCCUGCUACUUUGUAGGAUUUCAAGAUGACAGCUUGAUUUACAUGGACCCUCAUUACUGUCAGUCUUUUGUGGAUGUCAGCACCAGCGAUUUCCCUCUCCAGUCAUAUCAUUGUCCUUCACCAAAGAAGAUGCCUUUCAGCAAGAUGGACCCAAGUUGCACCAUAGGUUUCUACUCCAGAAAUAUCCAAGACUAUGAGAGAAUCAGCCAAGAGCUGUCUAAGGUGCUGCAGCCGUCAGCGAAAGAGAAAUACCCAGCAUUCACUUUCAUGCAAGGUCAUGGCAGAGAUUACGACCUGGCGGCAGACAUGACCCCAGAGAAGAGAGAAUGGCCCUUCAUCCGUGACCCAAGGAGGACGGUCACCACUGCUGGGGACUUUGUGCUGCUUUGACAGUACUGUUUUAAAAGACUACUGACAGGGAACUUCCUCUUUUUAAGAUUCAAACUGCUCAGAGCCUUGUGUCUGAGACUGCAGUGACACUGAAAGGUUUUGAACUCUUUAAAACUACAGUAAUUCAGUUUAUAUGUCCUGGGAACUCUGUUGCUGAGCAAUUUUAGACAAAACUGCCGUUAACUGGUUGGACUUGUACUUGUGGCCUGGCAAUGUGAGCGUUCUAAUGAUCACUAGAUUGAGUUCAGCACUCCCACAUCAAGGUGCUUUGUAGGAGUAACAGUACUUACUAUCACUAAAACAGUGCUGGCCCACUUUAAAAUAUUUUCACUGCACUACACCUACAGUAUUUAGACAGAGUUUCUCAAGUGCAGUUAGCAGUGGCUUAACAGAAGCGUGGUAAAAACCUUGAUUAAUAUAUGUCAGAAGCCCUCUGAAGAUAGACAGAGCUAAGUAACUUUUACAAACUCCUCUGCUAAAGACAUUUCAUCAAAUAAGGUGAAUUAUUUACCCAACUGAAACACCUCAACACAAACACAUGCUUUGAAGGAUACCUUCUUCAUAAUUUUGCCAACAUUUUUUUCCACAGUAGAGCUUAUUUCUUUCUCUUUGCAAUAAUAUUGUUGUUUUUUUUGUUAUUGUUAUUGUGUUGUGUGAUGAUAUGAUUGUUUGCUGCUCUGUGUGUUUUUGAUUGGUUUUAACUCUGACUCCUGAGUCAUGCAUUGCAGUGAAAGUGACGAGCCGUAGCAAGAGAGUUUGUCAAAGAGACAGUGGCAUUUUGUACUACACCUCAUCAAGCACUAGCUGUUAUUAAUUACCCUUUGCAAUAUGAUGCUUUGGAUGUAAUAGUAGGUACUGUGAAUACACUACCGGUCAAAAGUUUUAGAACACCCCCAUUAUUCAGUUUUUUAAUGAAAUUUAAACAGUUCAAGUCCAGUCUGGUUGGUCAGAGGUUCAUCCUACAGCAAGGUAAUGUCCCAAAACAUUAGAAGUAAACAACUACACACUGGCUUCAAAUGAUGGAAGACCAGCACAGUCUUCGGACUUAAACCCCAUCAAGCUGGUUUGGGAUGAACUGGACAGAAGGUGAAAGCAAAGCAAACUACAAGUGCAACACAUUUGUAAGAACAGUGUGGGACUUAACUUUCUGAGCAUUUGAUUUCCAUUGUAGGCACACACACACACACACACACACACACACACACACACACACACACACACACACACACACACACACACACA